AUGUUUUCUUCAGGAGUCCUCCUUUUGGCUGCUUUGAUUUCACCUGUGCUGGCGGGGCAAUGGGCUAAUCUUUGUGCUGGCAGGUCUUCCAAUGGGAUCAGGACGCUUGACGGCUAUGGCUGGGGCCAUUACGGUGCUUCAAGAAACGGUAGGCCGCACCGGGGAGUAGACGUCUUGUGCUCUGAUGGAUCUACUGUGUAUGCCCCUUUCAGUGGAAGGAUUGUGCGCCCGGCGAAACCUUAUAGAAAAAACAAUGCCAUCAAUGAUGGUGUUCAGAUAUCUGGAGGAGGUUUCUGUGUUAAAAUGUUCUACAUUAAGCCAAUUAGAUAUAGCGGUAAUAUCAACAAGGGAGACGAACUGGGAAUUCUGUUGCCCAUGCAGAAAGUUUAUCCUGGCAUACAAUCCCAUCUACACAUUGAAAACUGUGACAAGAGUGACCCCACCAAGUACCUAUAA